AUGUGCACUUUUAAUAGUAAAUCAGAAGAAAUAUAUAAAAAUAUUAUAAACCAUGUAUUAGAAGAUAUUAACGGAGAAGAAUUAAGUAAAUAUUAUUUUCUAAUUAAACAAACAGAAUUAAAUUCAAACUUGUUUUCUUUAAGCAAAAUAAAUUUUAGAGAUGAAAUCAUAAUUGAUUUAAAUAAUGGCAUUGAAGAAGAUCAAUCAUUUGGAAUACUUUUUAAUAAUUCUAAGAUAAUAAAUAAAAAAAUUAACAAAGAGAAAAAAGAAAAUAACUUAUUAGAAAAGUUAAUUUCAUCAAAUGAUAAAAUAACAGAUGAAAAAAUAAUUGAAAAAUUAAGCACAUUAUUAAAAUGGAAUAGUAGCGAAAAUAUUUUAAAAGAAAAAAAGCUUCAUUUGCUUCAUAAGUAUUAUUCUUUUUAUGAUGAUAUAUUUAGUAAAAAUAUGUAUUUAAUUGAUGUAACAUGUGAUUUUCACAUAUCUAAACAAUUAAAUGAUUUAUUUGUCUUAUCUUUAAGCAAAUAUAGCAAAAUUCUUUUUGAUAUAUUGAAUGAUUUAAAAAAGUUUAAUUGCAAAGAUUUAAAAAAAUUAAUUAAAGAAAAUGUAAAAAUAGAAUAUGAUGAAAGAUUAGUGAAAGCUGAUACGUCAGGAAAAAGAAAAAGAAAAACAAUAUUUAUCAGUGAGCAAAUGACUAUUUUACAAAUUUUUUACAACAAUAAUAUAUAUAAAGUUAAAAGUAAAAUAAAAGGGUUUCAAUUUGAUAUAAAUGAAAAUCUUAUUUCAAAUCCUCAUAAUUUAUUUUUGAAUACACAAGAAGAGGGAUGGAUAAUUAUUUUAAAAAAUAAAAACAAUAACUUAGAAAAUUUUUUAACUCCAUAUGAAUAUGAAGAAAAAAAAAAAAUUUUUAUUCAAGAAUAUAACAGUCUCCUUAGUUAUUUUGAAUUAAACUAA